UGGCGGGUUUGUGGCACCACGGCGGCUUUGACCGGCAGAGCAGCCUCCAGCCCCGCACCUUGCGUGUGAAGCGGCUUCGUCCCAGUCCUCUCAGGGUGAGUCCCGUGCCUCCAACUUGAGCUUCUGCAGAAACUGCAGCGCUGGCAGGUUGGUGAUGCUGAAUCCAAACUGUGAUGCGGAGGAGCCCGUGACCUUUGAGGAUGUGGCUGUGAACUUCACCCUAGGAGAGUGGGCUUUGUUGGAUUCAAGUCAAAAGAAGCUCUACAGAGAUGUGAUGACAGAAACCCUUAUGAACCUGAUCUCCAUAGGCAAAACAAAGGGAAAAGAAAAUGUUGAAGACAACUACCAAAAUCUCAGGAAAAAUGUGAGAACUCAGGUGGUUGAGAGAAAUUGUGUCUAUGGAGCUGGUGGUCGGUGUGGAGGAAUGCAGCAACAGAUUCCAGAGCAUAUUGUUGAAAGAGCCAUGCCUCCUGCAAUAGCGAUAUCUGCAAACAGUGUGCUUUCGAGAGACAUCCUUGUUCAUUCUGCCUCACGUGUGCACCUCAGGUGGGAACUUACAGAGAAGCCAAGUGGCUCUCAGGAAGAAGUGGAGAAAGCUUUUACACAUGAGAAAUGUUGGAAAGAUUUGACUUAUUCUGAGCCCUCUCAGACAAAUCAAAGUCCUAGAGAGACAGCCGAUCAAAAUAAGCAAGCUAACGAAGUCUGUAGGAGUCUCAAUUCUGAUCAGUGUUGUGAGAGAAUUCCCACUGGAGAUAAACUGCAUGAAUGGAAGCAGGUUGAGAAAGCCUUCUGGAGGUACAGUUAUGGUCAAAUCUAUAAAAGAAUAACCAUUGGAGAGAAGCCGUUUGUGUGUAAGCAGUAUAAUGAAGCCUUGGUUAAUUCCAAUCACCUUAUUAAACAUGAAAUAAUUCACCCUGAAGAGAAAUGUUAUACAUGUAAGCAGUGUGGGAAAGCCUUCAGAUAUUCCUCCUCCCUCCAGAACCAUGAAAGAAUUCAUAGUGGGGAGCGGCCAUAUGUAUGUAAGCAAUGUGGAAAAGCCUUCAUCCGUUCCUAUGACCUUCUCAUCCAUGAAAGAAUUCACAGUGGAGAAAAACCUUAUACUUGUGAGCAUUGUGGGAAAUCUUUCACCCAUUAUAGCGGCUGGUACAGUCAUGAAAGGAUUCACACUAGAGAGAAACCCUAUGUUUGCACACAGUGUGGGAAAGCAUUUUCAUGUUCUACAUCAUUCCGGAGGCAUGAAAGAAUUCACACUGGUGAGAAACCUUAUAUAUGUAAGCAUUGCGGAAAAGCCUUCACCCAUUCCAGUGCUCGUUACAUUCAUGAGAGAAUUCACACUGGAGAGAAACCCUAUGUUUGCAAGCACUGUGGAAAAGCAUUUCUUCGUGCCAGUCAUCUUAACAACCAUGAAAGAAUUCACACUGGAGAGAAACCCUAUGUUUGUAAGCAUUGUGGGAAAGCCUUCAUCCAACGUGAUGCUUGUUAUAAUCAUGAAAGAAUUCAUACUGGAGAGAAACCAUACGUAUGUAAGGAAUGUGGGAAAGCGUUUAGGAUUUCCACAUCCCUUCGUGACCAUGAAAGAAUUCAUACUGGAGAAAAACCUUAUAUAUGUAAUUAUUGUGGGAAAGCAUUUAGGGUUUCCACAUGCCUUCACAAACAUGAAAGAGCUCACAUGGAAAAGAAACCCAGUGGGUAGAACUUAAAACUAUGUAUAUCAUGUAGAAUUGUCUUUGGUCAACUUGCUGUUAUUGUUGGGUAUGAAAUGGUAUGGAGGGCCAGUGAGAUGGCUCAGAGGUAAAAGCACUUGCCACCAAGCUUGAUAGACUGAGUUGGAUCCUCAGAAUCCAUGUGAAGAGGGAGUACUGAGUCCCCAAAUUUUUCCUCUGAUUUGCACACAUGUGCCAUCAUUUGCAUGCAUAAUCUCCCAUACACGUAUAAAAAUGAGAUAUUUUAAAAUACUUUUUCUUUUCUUUUUUUUUUUUUUUUUUUUUUUUUUUUUUUAGAGAA